AUGAAUUUUAACGCUUCAAGAAACGUGGGGCAUUCUGGUCCUCGUAAGGCAAAGAGAGUGAGCGAUGUGUCUGCCAUGGGUAGUCCUUCCCCAGCCCCUGCAUUUAGCCCAAGCCCAGGAUUCGGGGGCGGAUUUCCUCCGGCAGGUCCACCUCCCCCUUAUCAACAAGGAAUCCCUAUGGAUGCAAUACCUAACUUUGGACCACAGGACCCUUCAAACAAUUUUGGGUACCCUGCUAAUUUUACUCAAUCACCAAUGGCACCACCAAGCCAGAUUGGAUCAAUGCUACAGCAGCCGGUUGUACAGGAUAUGGCCCUUCAGUAUGGUAAUCAAUUAGCUGCCCAAGGUCGUGAAGUGGUUCAACGAGAGCUUGGAAAAUAUGUUCCUGUAUCAAGGCUGCGAUACUACUUUGCUGUUGAUACUAGAUAUGUUCUCAAGAAGUUACUACUAAUUGUGUUCCCAUUUACACAUAAGGAAUGGAUGAUGAAAUAUGAUCAAGAAACACCAGUGCAGCCGCGUUAUGAUAUUAAUGCUCCAGAUUUAUAUAUACCAUCUAUGGGCUAUGUCACAUAUGUUCUGCUUGCAGGUUUUAUGCUAGGUCUUCAACACCGUUUCUCACCUGAACAAAUAUCUAUCCAAGCAUCAAGUGCUCUGGCCUAUAUUAUCUUCGAAAUGGUUUUGUAUAUUGCAACACUGUAUAUCACCAAUACGAACACUGCGUUAAAAACCUUAGAUCUACUAGCAUAUUCCGGCUAUAAAUACACUACAAUGAUUUGUAGCCUGCUAGCUGGCUUAACAUUGGGAGGAACUGUCUAUUACUGUGCUCUUCUGUAUUGUAGUGCUGCACUUUCUUAUUUCCUGGUAAAAACUCUAAGACUACAAAUUUUAUCCGGCGGCCCUACAGCUCCAGAUACUAGUUACAAUUACUCAACUUACAAUCCAUCUAACCCAUACACAGACACAUGGGCUAAGCCAAGCAGUGGAGGUGGAACCAAGAGAAGAGUAUAUUUCUUACUAUUUGUGGCCAUUACACAACCACUACUAUCCUGGUGGUUAACAUACCAUCUAAUACCACCAUCUGUUGUACUACAAGCUCGAUAA